AUGUUACAGUGCCUCGAGAUCAUGGACUGGAUCAGGAACCAGAUCCAGAGUCUUGAGACAGGCGUGUUUGGAGGGAAAGCUCAGUCCUGGAGUCCGAUCUGCUCUGGUGAUGAAGGUUACUCCUCCUCCUCCUUUGAUUCAGCCAACAUGGCAGCCUUCCUCUUCAUCAGUGGGACGAUGCUGCCCUCUGCUGGACUGGAAGAACUCAACGACCUGCAGGACAAAGCACAUCAUGUGACUUCACUUCCUGAGAAGGCUCAGAACAAACCUCUACAAACCCAGGAUGACAUGCAUGAGUGUAAUCAGGGGACAGGCUUUCUGCCCCCGCGGCGCGGUGCCGCUCCGGCGGGUGAUGGAGCGGACAGUAGCGGCGGUGCAGAGCGGCGUCGCGUCGCCGCAGGACGCUACGCUUCAGGUAGUUCGCCGCUUCUUCAGUAUGUGAACUCCAACAAGCUUCUGCUGCUUUUUGACUUUCUCCAAUUCGCGCGCUCCGUGCGUAAAACCCAGCGGAUCCACCUCUGCGCACAGGAGCGACCGAGCAGCAUCACCGUCAUGUUCUCCGGCGUGAGCGACAUCAACCAGACGUCCAACCUGAGCGAACCGCUGUCGCCUCUGGAGCAGGACUGGAAUGACACGCCGCACGAGCGGCUGUCGCGCAGCGGUCACCGCGUGGUGUCGGUGUUUCUCGGCUCCAUCAUGGUGUUCGGUUUCCUGAACAACCUGCUAGUCCUGGUUCUGUUCUGCCGCUUCAAGACUCUGCGGACCCCCGUCAACAUGCUGCUGCUCAACAUCAGCGUCAGCGACAUGCUGGUCUGCGUGUGCGGCACCACGCUCAGCUUCGCGUCCAGCCUGCGGACCCGCUGGCUGUACGGCCGACACGGCUGCAUGUGGUACGGCUUCGUCAACUCCUGCUUUGGGAUCGUGUCUCUGGUCUCUCUCGCCGUCCUGUCCUACGACCGUUACAGCACCCUGAUGGUGUACAACAAGCGGGCCCCGGACUACAGGAAGCCCCUGCUGGCGGUGGGGGGGUCUUGGCUGUACUCGCUGGUGUGGACGGUGCCCCCGCUGCUGGGCUGGAGCAGUUACAGUCUGGAGGGGGCCGGGACCAGCUGUUCGGUGACGUGGACCGAGAAAUCUUCCGGUUCUCACUCGUACAUCAUCUGUCUGUUCGUCUUCUGUCUGGGCCUCCCAGUCCUCGUCAUGGUCUACUGCUAUGGCCGCCUGCUGUACGCCGUCAAACAGGUGGGUGGCACGGUGGGUCGUAUCAGGCGGACGGCAGCUCGUCGACGAGAGUUUCACAUCCUGUUCAUGGUCGUCACCACAGUGGUGUGUUACCUGCUCUGCUGGAUGCCGUACGGCGUUGUCGCCAUGAUGGCCACCUUUGGCCGACCAGGUGUCAUCAGCCCCGUCGCCAGCGUCGUCCCGUCGAUCCUCGCCAAGAGCAGCACCGUCAUUAACCCCCUCAUCUACAUCCUAAUGAACAAACAGGACCGGGAGCGGCUGGUUGGCUUCUGGGCUCCAGGUUCCUCAAAAGUCCCGAAUCUUUUAGGUUUUUAA